AUGGGCAACUGGUUCGGCGAUCUCGAGCUGGCAUACAAGUACAUUGUUAUUUUCCUCUCGUUACUUGUAUUGGCCAUACUUGCUGGUAUCGUCAAGGUUCUCAUUGUUCGCCGAAGGCUCAAGAAGCUCACGAAGAAGCAACAAGAUGAAGAGACUGGACAUAUAAAUGACCCAGAGGAGAUGGACCAGCGACCGAGGGAUGAAGGAGACCUUUUUGGGGUUCGUGCUAUCGAAGCCGGAUUCUACGCAGGCAUCCCUCAAUCAAGGCCGACUUCCAGAGCUGGUUCGUUCGUGGACAGCCCAGCGAUGAGCUCGCAAACACUUGUUGGAUCGAUCCACUCUGUCAAAGCCAAAGGACACUCUCACAAUGACAGCGCCGCCGGAUCAAUCCACUCCCUCAGAGCUCAAGGGCACUCUUACAAUGACAGCACGUCCACCUUGCCGGUUCCGAACACAGGCCGCAGCAACCGCGAUUCGGAAGCUCUUGGAUCAAAUUCUCCUGUGCAGAUGAAAGAACGUCCAGCUCUUCGGCUUGCACCAUCCGAAGCCGAACUCAGCGGACGACUCAAUCAUAGUGCCAUUACCAACAUGAACCUACAGGCCCCGCCGGCUCCCGCCGUUACCAGAGGACCUGAAAUGCCUGGGUUCGGUGGUCUUGAUGACGAUCAGAGUGACGGCGAGAUGUCCCCACGACUUAAGCCCGAUUAUUAUGUGCCCGCUACGCCGUCGACUCCUUUCCGAGAAGCUCUCCGUGGGGUCGUUCACUCUGGAGAAAGUCACAAGUCUCUGGCUGGAUCGUUGAAUAUCGCAUCUCCUCUAUCCCCUGGCUACUCCCCGGAAACGAGACUACCCACUCUCCCUGCAAAGGCAUAUCGCGAGGAGCCUCGUUCUUACCCCGACCAGAGAAGCGCAUCGCCCGAGGCGCAACUACUCACUCUCCCCGCAACGGUAUACCGUGCGGAGCCAAGGUCUCAAUCCAACCACAGAAGCGCAUCGCCCACGUCAGAAUCGACACCACCGAGCACGCAAGCAGAACAGCCACUGUCACCUAUCCUUCUUCAGCCAAGAACCUAUCAACCUAACUCGACGCACUACCGCGACGAUAGCAAUGCAAGCAAUUUUCACAGCAGCGCCAACAAGUCGAAAACACACCGGCCGAAACGCAGCAACUCGACCGACUUCUCUUUCAACUUCGCGAUCCCGAACGCCGGACUAAACCUCACUACUUCAUCAGACCAUGAUGACAAUCGCCGCCCGUCCCUAUCAAGUUCGCUCAACGUCCCAGGCAUUCCCCAACCUGGGCAGGCUAGUGAGUCGCGAUUGAGCGGACUGAGCGAGUUCUACGAUGCGUACUACCGACAGUCGCAGCUCAGCAUACCUGCCAAGGAACAGAUGCGACCGCAGCAUCACAAUGUCGUCGGAAGCCCCAUCUUCGAAGUGGACUCUGCCCUUCCUUCGCCCGCCCGAUAGAUGUCUCUCAAGGUGCCGGAUGAAAACGAGUGCGUCAAAGGGAAAUGGCCAUGCUAAUUGUGAAUGGCUAGCAGUAGAAACUACCUCUUAGGAUCCGGGCUGUCCUCUCCUUGACCCGUUACCAGUCCGUUCGAUAGUCUCGAUAUUGAUCAAUGCUUGUUCAUGGUCAUUGUCGUCUUCUCUUGACGAGAGACCCAAUCGUGCUAGUCCACGAUGGUGAGGCUACAAUCAGGAACGCGGUCCGGUCGAGACUGGAUUAGGGCUGAAAAAGUACUACUUAAGCUUGCCCGGAACGGGAAGGCGUCCGAAAUCCAUGACGCGACGAUGAGAGAAAGAAUCGGAGAACAGUUGAGGCGACUAUUACAGAAGUAGAAUCGACUCGGUGGAAGAAGAAGAACAGUAAUCACAAAAAAACGAACCCAUUUAUCG